AUGCUGGCGGCGGCGGGCGGCUCCGGCUGCGGCCCCGGGCCCGGGCCGGGCCUCGGCGGGGACGGCGACUUCCUGUCGCGCUACCGGCUGGUGUCGGCCAAGCUGCGGCGCCGGUUCCUGCGGAAGCCGAACGUGGCGGAGGCGGCGGAGCAGUUCGCGGCGCUGGCGCGGGAGCUGCGCGCCCAGGAGAGCCUGCCCUACGCGGCCUGGUGCCAGCUGGCCGUGGCGCGCUGCGCCCAGAGCCUGUUCCACGGGCCCGCCGAGGCGGCCGCCCUGGCCGAGGCGGCGCGGCUGUUCCUGCGGCAGGAGCGGGACCUGCGGCAGCGCCUGGGGCUGCGCGGCGGCUUCGGCGAGCACGUGGCGGCGGCGCAGAGCUGCGGCGCCUUCGCCGCCCGCCUGCACCUGGAGCGGGGGCAGCCGGCGCUGGCGGCCGGGCCGUGCCUGGAGCUGGCGGCCGCGCUGCGCGACACGGGCCGGCCCGCCCGCGCCGCCGCGCCGCUGCAGCGGGCGGCCGAGCUGCUGGCGGCGGCGCGGCUGCCGCUGGAGGCGCUGCGCUGCCUGGCCGAGCGCGCCUCGUGCCUGCUGCUGGGCCGCGACUACGCGGGCGCGCUGGCGGCGCUGACGCGGGCGCAGGCGCUGGCCGGGGCCGGGGCCGGGGCCGGGCCGGGCGGCGGGGCCGCGCCCGGCGGCGCGUUCCUGGACGUGCUGGCGCGCUGCGAGGUGUCGCGGGUGCUGCUGCUGCUGCUGCUGCAGCCGCCGCCCGCCAAGCUGCUGCCCGAGCACGCGCGGACGCUGGAGCAGUACUGCUGGGAGGCGGCGGAGGGCGGCGCGGGGCCGGGGCCCGGCUGCGCUUGCGGGGCGGGCGGCGGGCCGCCGGCGGCGGCGAGCUACCUGCCGGCCGAGCUGUUCCUGCUGCUGCAGUCGGCCGUGCUGGCGUGCCAGGAGAAGGACGCGGAGGCGCUGAAGGCGCUGCAGGCCGAGCUGUGGCCGCUGCUGAGCGCCGAGCAGAACCACCUGCUGCACCUGGUGCUGCAGGAGAUGCUGAGCCCCGCCGGGCAGGGGCUGUGAGCGGCGCCGGCCGUGGACCGGGCGCCGGGGAGGAGCGAGGGGCCGCCGCGGGCAGCUGCUGCUCGGCGUCGCUUCCUCGUAAACUGCGUGCACCGGCCCUCGUGGCGCUUGAGGAGAAGAAGCGGCGGGGCGGGAGCGGCCCGAAGCUGUCCCUGAAGAGCUGGCUGGCGCCUGCAGGCGGGAACUGGCGCAGGGAGGAGAUGGGCCGCGGGGCGGGGGUCGCGUGUUUGCUGGGCUGGAACGCAGCGAGGCUGCAGCUGCUCUUCAAAAGAAAGAACCACAAUAAAAUGAGAUGCCUGA